AUGACCAAAAAAAGCCUCAAAAUCUGUUUGUUGGUGUCAAUAAUUUUCUUGAUCAUUGUUGCCACCGUAAUUUUAUCCUUAGCAUUCACAAUCUCUAAACCCAAGGACCCAGAUGUACAUGUCUACCCAAUUGGACUUAAAAACCUUAAACUUCUCCAACCAAAUGUAACAAUUGUACCUUUGCACUUGGUAAUCACAAUAUUCAACCCAAAUUAUGGAACCUACAAGACCAAAAAUACCACUGGUUAUCUUAGUUUUCAAGACACUCUAGUAGCCAUAGCUCCUAUAGGACCAAACAAACUCCCAAGUCAUAGAACAACUAAUGUGACUGCUACUGCUGGUCUUAUGAAUGAAAAGUUGAUAUCUAAUGAUAAGUUUUUGGUGGAUGUUGCACAUGGAUCUUUUAAUCUAACAGCAAAGGCAACACUUCGUGGGAAAGUGCAUAUAAGUAAGGUUUUUAAGGUGAAGGCAACGGUUACUAUCAAUUGUGAUAUCUUUUUUAACAUAACUUCCUUCUAUACUGAUUCUUACUGCAUAACCAAAAUCAAGGUGUGA